AUGAAGCCAAUCCGCCAAAGGUCUAAGAAAAGCGCCUUGUUCCGCACAUCGGCGGGCCUUCUUGUUAGCCGCCCACCGAUUACGACUGGGCCAUUGAGUGGCUUUGAGAGCGCAUUCUAUGAUUAUCAACGGACACUCAAGGCAAGACUUGCCUCACCGUUUCCCGAGGACUUUUACUUUCCAAAGGGCAGCGUUGCCUUGAAGCGUUGGCAAGAGGCUCUCGCCGAAAAAAAUGAAAGUUCUAAAGGUUCAGCGGGGCUGACUCCAAGACCCGCAGACCCUGAGCUGGAGAUUGGUCGCCCCACCGAACGCAAAAGCUUGAAUCGCCUUUCAAACUCGACACUUUACCUGCUACUCAAAAAGCGAAGAGCAAUGCAUGCCUGGCAGUUCCCUCAAGGACCAAUCGGUGCUGAUGAAAGUCUUCAAGAUGCUGCAACGCGCCUACUAUCAAAGCAAGCUGGGCAAGACAUGGACGUAUGGACCGUCUCGCGCAUCCCGGUAGGUGUUAUGUCAUACCAAUUCGAAUCGCCAAUUGUCGGCUUCAGUGGCGCGAAAGUGUACUUCACUAAACAUCGUAUCCUUGCAGGACAGGUACGCCUGGACAGUGAAUUUGAAGACUUUGCUUGGCUGUCGGUUCAGGAGAUUAAGCAAACCGUGGACAGUGUCUACUGGAAGUCAAUUGCACCACUUCUUGGAGCCAUAUGA